AUUAUAACGGUGUUUUUCUACCAAUCAAUACUCUGAUUAAAAUUGAGUUAGAAACUAAAUUUCAUUCUAUGGAAAUUGCAGUACAUUUUAUAGAACAAUAUACUCUUCAAAAUAACUUUGCCAUCUUUAAGCACAAGACUGAAAAAUUUUCAGAUGGUACUUGUAGAAAAAGGGUAUUUAAGUGUAAUUUGGGAGAAAGGUAUGUUGAAAAACAUUCAAGACCAAUAUUAGUAUCAGAUGAUGGUUUAUUUGAACCUUUCUUUGAUAAAAUAGAAGAUUCUGCCAAAUCUCUUAUUGAAACUGAUGAAGAUUGGGAGCUUAACUUGAAGUCUUUGAUUUCAAUGAUUAGUUUUAACGAUAUUUUAGAAGUUUGA